CGGUUGGUUGUCGGGCCAGGCUGGCAGAGUGUCAGCGCCGUGAUACAGCGCACGACGAGCCACAUGCGUCUCACGUGCGCGUCUUUAUUUUGACAGGGCUUCCGUGGGACUUCUGGGAUGUGAUGCUGCGGACAGCUCGAGAGAACGCGCAGCACGUGAGUCGAGCGCUCUCGUGAUCGCGUUCUAAUUAUUCGACGUGAUGAUUUCAGUGCUAUUAUCCAGAAUGUUCUGUCGUGUACCGAGUUGACGGCGGCAGCGCGUCGAAAGCAUGCCCGGCACGUACCACCAGCUGAAGCUUCAGCUAUGGUGGAUCCUGUCUGACCGCGAAGAAAGCCAUGACAGGUACCUAGAUGAGUACCGAGCCUUUUUCAGCGAGCAGGCCCCGCUGCUGGACGUCGACGCAACAUUUUCGUUCAGCGAGGUGUACCGCAAGCCAAGCAGGAACCUCUAUGAAGAGCCGAUCUACCAGCUGGACUGUACCAUCGAGUGGCCCGGUAUCACCUGGUUUGGCCCAUCUGCAAAGCACCUGCAGGUCGGACGCGCUUGGUGCAACGCCGGUCGGGACGAGGGGCGCGACAAGGCACUGUUCCAGUGGCUGCUGCCAAGCCCCCUCGAGGCCUUUCAGUUGGCCACGCAUCCCGUGGAUCGGGACGUGGGCCUCUCGUCGCUCUCCUUUGGCACGCUGGUGAAGCUCGCGACGUACUUUCAGCACUACAAGUUCUCCGCAUCAGUCCUUCAAGGGCACCGUAACUACUGGGUGCGCGCAACCUUCCAGCACGAUCAGCGCACCCUUCACGUUGAUCUGCACCUCAACCACCAUAGUGGCUGCGAAGAACGAGUCACCGAGUACCGAUUCAUCGUGCCCUAUCUCAACAUCCUCAAGGUGCUGAUCAACGAGAAAAACCGCUUUGUCGAGCUGUACCUUCACCUAAAAAUACCGGCGAUGCUGAUGGGCGAAGUGGUCAAUGACAUUCCGUCGAGGCCCGGCAGCGCAGGGGCUCCGCUCCGCUGGGAGCGCUACCUUGCCAUUGGGUGCAACUGCAUCGGCGGUGCCGCGCAUACCGCCUCCCUCUGUGGAGGCCUCGUCCUCAAGCUGGUCGUACGGGACCACUCCCUUGCGAGGCGCGUGGUUGGGCGGCUCUCGCAGCGGUGCUCCCAUGGAACCCUCAUCUGCUAUGCACCCAUUCGAACCUACUGCCCCGACAGUGCAGCGGUCCAGUGGACCCACAAGGUUCAGGUGCGGGCCGAGACGAUGGAGAGGACUCUGCCAUAUCCCUGUGCCUACGCGUUCAAGGCGGCCCUCCACAUCACCUUCGAUGCCCUUGACCAGAUGGUCCUCAUGUCCGAGUCGGAAUUCAACAAGCUGGUGAGGGACAUCGAGAGGCGAUCUGAGAAGGAGCCAUUAGUGGUGGAGCGGGCGCUCAGCCAUGUUGUGUCCAGCAUCGAUGCAGGCAACGUCGUGGUGUUUUCACGCGCCUUCUAUGCCGCCUGCAGCCUGUUCCACGAUGAGAAGCCGCCACAGCUGGCCCGCGGCACCUGCCUCGUACGGAGCGUGUUUAUCACACCGGGCCGGCUCAUCUUUCGUCCCGCGCAGGUUCACUUUGAGAACAGAAUUCUCCGACAGUUCAACACCGAAUUCGCCAUUCGGGCGUCCUUCCGGGAUGACAACUUGGACAAGCUGUCGUUCACGCUAAAUCUGCACUCGGCUCGGGACUCUAUGCUGAACGCCAUUGUCGGUGCCUUCCUGCAUCGGGGAGUGCGUGUUGGCAACCGCGAAUUCAAGUUCCUGGCGCCUUCCACGAGCCAGCUCCGUGAUCACGGGACAUGGAUGUACGCGGCCGAUGAGCAGCAGAACAGUGCGGUGACAAUCCGCCAGUGGAUGGGCCAGUUCGAGGGCAUCCCCAACGUGGCCAAGCGCAUGGCGCGCAUGGGCCAGUGCUUCUCCUCCACCGAGCAGGCCGUCCGUGUGCGGGCCAGUGAAGUGCAGGACGUCCCCGACAUCGUGGGUGGCUGCCACCCAGUCAGCAAGAAGCCGUACAUUUUCUCGGACGGCAUUGGCAUGAUGUCCGUGCCACUUGCCGAAGAGGUGUACAAAGUGAUGAACCUGAAAGACCGUCCAUCGGCCAUCCAAAUUCGAUACGCCGGUGCCAAGGGCAUGCUUUGCGUCAACCCCGCCCUGCCCAACAAGAAGCUCCUCUGCCUGCGGCCCAGCAUGCAGAAGUUCCCCUGCACCAGCUCGGAGUACCUCGAAGUGGUCAAAGUCUCUGCACCACGCUCGGUGACGUUGAACCGACCCUUGAUCACCAUACUGGAGCAGCUGGGAGUGCCGACGGACACGCUUAUUCGUUUGCAAGAGAACAUGAUUCUCGAAUUCACUGACGCCCUGGUCGAGGAGUCCAGCGCCGUUAAUGUGCUGACAGCGUGGUCCAAGCUGCCACUGCCGUACCAGGACCUGUCCAAGGCAGGCUUUCAGCUCACGCUGGACCCCUUCUUUCGGUCGCUGCUUCUUGCCGUGUACCGGAAUGCAGUUGCGGGCCUUCGGUUCAAGACACGCAUAGCGCUGCCUGUGGAUCGUGCCCGCAACAUGCUUGGAGUGGUUGACACUACAUACAAGCUGCGGUAUGGAGAGGUGUUUGUGCAGUACACCGAGAUACGCAGCCCACAUGUGCAGUACCAGGAACCACCCAAGCGGACCGUCGUCACGGGCACUGUCCUUGUCACAAAGUGCCCCUGCCUGCACCCGGGUGACGUGCGGAAGUUCACUGCCAUCGACGUGCCCGAGCUGCACCAUGUCAUCGACUGCAUUGUGUUUCCGGCACAGGGACCCAGGCCACACCCCGACGAAAUGGCUGGCUCUGACUUGGAUGGUGACGAAUAUGUUGUCAUUUGGGAGAAGUGCCUUUUCUUCCCAGGACCAAACAGAGCUCCCAUGAACUUUUCGGACCGGAACCCUGAGCCAGACAACAAAGAUAUCACGAUUGAUGACAUGAUCAAGUUCAUCUGCAAUUACAUCAAGAACGACUCCAUCGGGAUCCUGUCCAAUGCGCACCUGGCAUGGGCAGACCAGGAGCAAGAGGGAAUUCACUCGCCAAGGUGCCUUGCCAUCGCAGAGAAGAUCAGCAUCUGUCUCGACUUUGCCAAGAAUGGUCAGACAGCCUUUCUACGGCGUGAUGAACGCCCCGCGUUUUACCCAGACUUCAUGGAGAAAGGCAGCCACAAGACUACAUACCGGUCGGACCGGGCGCUCGGGGCCCUGUAUCGAACCUGUCGUUCCCUGGAAGCUGCAGUCGGCAGGCUCGGCCAUCGGCACAUCGAUCCAAGCCGGUGCCAAGCGCUCGCUGUACCAGGGUGGGAGGAUUACCGAGAGUCAGCAAUGCAAGCCUUGACGGAUUACAAUGCAAACAUUCGCCGCAUACUGAGUCAGUACGGAAUUGGGUCGGAGGGCGAGGUGAUGGCCUGCAUGGUCAACACAUUUGACACCUACCACUGCGCCCAAUCAGACAAGCUAAACAUGGAGGACCUUGUUGAGAAGAUGACAAAGUUUUUGACUGAGACGACACGCGAUGUCUUUUAUUCUGAUGUCCUGAAAGAAAUGAAUGACGACUGCAUUACUGAUGCAGAGGAGCGGCGCAAGCGGAAGCUUCGCAGGGCCUCGGCCUGGUACAUGGUGACUUACGAGCCCAACGUGGAGAGCACCUUCUUCAGCUUUCCUUGGUGCAUUGCCGAAGUUCUGGUAGAAGUUUUGCGCAGCUCAGCUGUGGAGGCCAGGGUGUGGUGCCCAAACAUCCUGUACUGGAAGAUUGACCAGCUUGUCAAGAACCACAGUGACCUUGCAGAAGAUGACGGUCUUGAUGCGGGUUGCGAUUCAUUCAAGAGCGCUUUCCAAAUCAUUGAGAAGUGGCUUAAAGAGGAAACGCUUCUUGGUAAGCCUGAACCAGGUGCUCCAACCAAGCCUGGGCUGUGUUCCAACUGUCUGCUCGACAUCUACACAGAGUUUCUGGGAAACAAGAAGCUUGCACCAGUGGGUAAGAUCAUCACGAGGAGACGGCAUGCAAUGAUGCUGCCGGUGGCAGCUGUACCGGACAUUACUGAAUGGACGGCUCAAGAGGCAUCGGAAGAACAAUGUGUACGUCAAGAAGAACUCGUCACGACGACUGCUCCUCAACAAGCUUGGCAAGUAGUGAACGGCUUCCUGGAGCCUCUUUCCCUGGAUGAGUCUGAAGACCAAACAGAUGAGCCUAGAUACCAGAAUGGACACGGUGAUGGUAAUCAGCAAGACCUAGAGGUCUCUCGUUCCCUGGUGUUUCCUCUGCACCAGCCAUCAGACACGAACAACUCUGAGGCGGACACUUGCGAGGACCCCAGCGUCGGAACUCUCGUGAUCGCCUUCCUGCGGUGGUGUCUCGAGCAGCACCAACUGCCGCGGGAACUAUGCCGUGUCGGUGUGUGUGCAGGUGGUGGCUACGAGUGCCAGACCCACAGGUUGCCAAUGGUGGCAUUGCGGGCCUAUAGUUCGCUGGCAGUGUCACUGGACCCAUGCCACAUCUCGCUGCCCUGUGACCCUGCGUAUCACGAGCCGCACCAAGAGGUUAUUGAGCGAGACCCAGUCCGGAUCCAGAUAGCCAAUCCGGUGAUGGAUCAGAUGCUGAAGGACAAGUUGGAUGCGGUACGACAGCUUCUUAUGCGCUGGACGGGUGUUCAGGACGUCCAAAUACAGCGACAGGAUGACUUCGACAACAACUACAUUGUGGUGACGGCGACGGGCCGAGAUUGGCAGAUUUGGUUCCUUGAAGAGCUGCUCCUACAGCGCUGGCUGCCACAGGCUAUUGACUGUGGAGACCUUCACAGGUUUCUAGGGAAGAAUGGCCAGGCUGGCCCGGCAAAGUGGGGCUCUAGGAGCCUGGCAUCUGUGCAGUGCUGAGUACUUUUUGCUCAAGUAGCCAACGUUGUGUGACCAGGCAAGGCACCAUUUGAUGAGCUGUGAUAAAGCAAUUAUUCAUUUUGUUUUUAUAGGACACAACCCACCAGCAGAAGAGACUUGAGAACUCAAGACUGCAUGCAAUUUUCACAUUCGUGAGACAUUAGUGUUUACAUUUCAGUUUCUUAAGUGUGCUCUAGCAUGUGCGUGAGCUAAGAGUUCUUCAACAAGGUUGCCUGCAUGUGGGAUUCCGUGAAAAAUGCACACAUUGUUGGGAAUCGUACAAACGGAUUCCCAUUUCCACACGUGCACUUGAUGUGCACACUUGUUGCAUCUGUUUGUGUUACAUUGUUGAAUGCACUCCAGAUUGAAAUACAGGAAGACAGUCAUUAGUGAAGCAUACGUUGUAGAAUUACCUCAUUAUUUAUCAUACCCCUGCUUUUAAAAGGCCUUUUCUAUACAAAGGCUCUCAAACAGGUGGUAUAAUGUAUUGUGUUUAUGCUGUUUUGUGACCGGGUUUUUAUGUCCCACUGCCACUUUUUAACAUUGCCUUAGGAAUUGUUCUUGCCCUUUGGUAACAUACUAGUGUGCUUUCUCGUUGCAUUAAAACACUAUUUUUUUGCUUAGCAUUGCCAUUAUGUGACAUUUUUAAAUGGAGCACUGGAACUGCAAUUUUGUGCAGCACUGCCUUUUCAGAUUCUACUUACUUUUGUGCCUUGUCAGUGGUCAGAGCAAUUCUCUGCCCACAUCGCCAAUGGGAUCAGCCAGCCAUAGACUGUUGAUGUUAAGUGGCAAGAAUCGAGCGGAAGGCAUCGCUACAAAAUUGCCGUCCACCUGUGGAGCCAGGAUAUGACGAAAAACAGUUGCGGUAAAAUCAAUCUUGCGGUGACUGACAACGAUAAUGCAUUAGCAUCGAAUCAAUAUAGCGACAGAAAAUAUUGCCACCGCCAAAAUAAGUUGCAUACGAGGUGUGCACUGCAGCAGACGUGACUCCUCUUUCAUGCGUCCCUAAGAACACUCGGCGCCACCUAGUGCUACUGUCGACAUUGCGCAUUAUCAUCGGCAGUCAUCGUGACGCGGGUUCUGCUGCAGUUUUUAUCAUAGUGCAAUGUGCCUUUUGCAGUCUUUCUUCCAUAAUGUUGACACUUAGUCGUUUGGUAAUUACGGGUGUGUACAGGUAUACUCACUCAAUAUGCAUUGCCUUUUUCUAAAGUGUUGUCACAUAGUUGCUCAAUGUGUGUGUACACUGCCUUUUUUUUUGAGAUACCGACUUCAUGAGGCCUUGUUCAAGGAUAUCUAUGCAAGCACUCUUUGCAUCUAUAAAAAAAAAGCUUAACCUAAUACUAAAUGCAUUUUGAUUACCCCAACGUUAUCCAAUUACUCUGCCACCAUAAGCAUCCGUAUGCUAAAAAAUUUCAAGUGGAUAAUAAGUAUGUACAUAGUUAUAACUAAGUCGCAUCUGGCAUGAAAAUAUUUUCGUUAGAGCUUUAGCUUGUCUGUAAACAUCAUGGGAGGAUGGAAAAAGAUACGAGGAAGCAUACCGCUAGGCGAUUGAAGCCAAACCUCAUGGAGGCCUGGUGGCCCAACAGGUGAUGGCACGUCAAGGUGCGCGGUUUUACUGUUCCCGCUCUGCAGGCAGAGCUACGGCAGGGCAGCUGAACAAGCACGCACUGAGUAAAAACUACUGGCAUAGCUAGUAGCUAGCAGUAGUAGCUAGUAGUAGCUACGGAACCAAAUGUCACGGCAAAUCUCGAUUCUUGCUCCCUGAUCUCGGCGCAAGAGGUCACAUGUUGGGGCACCACUGUGGCUUCAUGGAGCGUUUUGCUUGCCAAGGCUAAAUGCAUGACGUAACAUUCCCUCCUUAUUUUUCCUUCCUCCAUGGUAAACACUAACUUUCAUGGAACACCGCAUUACCAGAGAUGUGAACUGCAUCAACAAAGCUAGUAGUGUCAUCUUGUCGCACUUCGUUCAGCCGCGCCGCAUCAGGCACAUUGCCGUGUUGCCUGGUUGAGCUCAUAAAAGAAAAAAAGAAUUCGUGUUAACGAUCUGGUCACUGUCGACCCCAGUAGCUGAGUAGAAUAUGGUCAUUUAUAGUAACAAUAGCUCUGUUUCAACUUGGUACCACCAGGUGGCACACUCAACCCUCCCAUUCGCAUUUACAGUAACCUAACAUUUUGCAAAUGGCACAAGAGUUACGUACGAACUGAAACUCACUAUUAUAGCCAAUACUCGUUACCAUAUAUUUGUUACAUGCUAAUAUAUGGAGAAGCAUGUAAAAUUUAGUCCAUUAUAUCCGAUGAUUCAUUGCUUGCGUGUUACAUCAAGUUAUGACUUAAAAGCUAAAUGACAUCACUCUAAGGAAACCAAAUAUCAAGGGCAGGUUUUUAGGAACUGGUUGCCAGACCGUAAUGUACAGCAGCAAUUGAGGCUGCCCAUAUUCAAAUAGAUGCAGAAACAAAGGGUGGCAUAUCAAGCUGAUCCAUUGUAGUUGCCGAGGUGCAUAUGCGAAAAUUUUCAAGGUUUGAGGCAAUGGCAAUGAUUUGUAUAAACGACCAGCUUCUGUUCUAGUGGAGUACGCUUGUUAAUUUAUUCCUAAUGUGUAGAGAAUAUUAACAAAAUUUCUGCACUUGCACCUGUUCAGAAUGCAAUGCAGCGUUUCCCAAGUGUUCUAAGUGGUGCUGUAACAGACAUUUGUGCUGUGUACAUGUAGUGCUCAGGAGCUCAACUUAAUUUUUUCUGUGAUAUGUGUUUUAAAAUUAAAUGCCAAUUUAUUUUCAUUGAA